AUAUAUUGAUGUGGGACUCUUGAGGGGUCAGACAAAUUUUCUCCAGGAAGAAGAGUGAAGCACCAGUUCAUCUCCUUGUCCUGAGACUGCUUCAAGGUCAGCAAGAGCCCUGCAGGUGGAAUCCUCCCCAUGAUGCUGUUGCUGCUGCUGCUGCAGGUCCUGGCCAGCUGCCUCUGGCUGGGCCACGGGGAGGUGGUGACAUCCUUGAUAAGUACAUGCCCUCAGUUUUUCUUCCAGAAAACCCCCCCAAAUGCAGCCCUAACACCUCAAAACCCAGCCUGGAUCUGCCAACGUUAUGGGAACAAGUAUUACUUUGCCACCCUCUAUGACAAGAGCCGCCGUAUUCCCGUGUACUCUGCUUACCUCUACCAGCCUGGACAUGGCAAGAGAUGUCAAAGGUGGAUGGUUGAACCCCAGCUGGUGGGUCCACAGUAUCCCAAAACUAUGGAAACAGAGUCAUAUGUCCUCCAUGAAUUAAAGGUCAGUAAACAGGAACUCCAAAGUAGCCAGGCUGUCCUUAGAGAUUAUGAGCACCUGGAAGGUUUUCAUCGUGGGCAUUUGAACCCCUGCAGCCACAACUAUGACAGCAGCAGCUGUAACUCUACCUUCACCCUCACCAAUAUUGUGCCUCAGAAUGCAAAACUCAAUCAAGGUGCCUGGAAAAGAUAUGAAAUGACCAUAAUGAAAAGCAAGACCCAGGGCUGUGCAGAGACCUAUGUCGUUGUGGGUUCUGUGCCUGGGAGCAACUUCUUUGGCAACAGGGUUAAUAAUCCCAGCCACAUCUGGUCAGGUGCCUGCUGUAAAACGACCUCAAACACCAUCAGGGCUUGGGGGGUCAUUGCUGAGAAUACCAAGAAUGCGGUUCAGGAGCUCAGCCUGGGGGAGCUGGAGGACAAGCUGACCGACCACUAUGGGAGGGGAAAUGUUUACCUGUUUCACAGUUCCUGUCCCCGUCAAUAAGCCCCAUUUCACAUCCUGAGUGUAAAAACCUCAGGAGCCUUGGCCACUGGCACCAUCACCUCAUGUCCUCUGCAGCAUCUCUCCUGCUUCCUGCUCCUCUGCUUUUCCAGCUCUCUCAGCACACUUAAUGUGACCCAGUCCCAUUUCACCAAGUAGUUAAAAUUGCUUUUGGAAGCCUCUGUUGCUGAGGAGGAGAAUCCCAACAAUGUCUGGGGGGUUGGUCAUCCUACACCUCUCUCCUCCCCAGGCAGGACACCUCCUUGGUAGGAAGUUGCUUCUCUGCUGCUUUGCAGGAGAAUUGUUACUCUCAUUUAACUAAUGACUUGGCUGCCUUUGAGACAUUUAGCACUAACACAGGGAGUGUAUUUACCAAUGGCAACUCCAAACUUGUUACAUCUGUCACUUGUAAUAAAUGACUGAGCUUUGCAAAAGUGUCUCUGUGGAAGUCCUUGGUGGGUCUCUGAAAAAGCCAA